AAACAAUAUCACGACAUAGGCUGGACGCUGGCAAACGGUCGGGCUGCAUUUCGUCCCAAAAUGGCACUUUCUUUCGCUUCUCACUGGAUGUGUACAGUUCUGGUUUGUUUAGCAGUUGGCUAUUCGACAGCAGCUGCAGUUAACGUUACUGCCUCGGAUAGAAUUCCUACACCAGGUGCCCGACGAGACAAUCGGUUGCAAUUUAUUAAUGCAGAGGUAGAGGUAUGCGAGGGCGAGAACGCUUCCUUCAUCCUCCACAUGGCCAUUCCUGCUAACCUCACCGCAGAUCAGGUGUACGAAAGAACAGUCUGGUCCCCUGAUAAAAUUAACUUCUGUCAUAUCUCUGGAAACACUUCAGCAUGCUACGGCAAAGACUUUUUCGUCCAGCGCGCCACCAUAUCGGAUACCUGGUUUCCGGUACAGCCGGGAGAACGCACAAAACACGGUCAGCUCAAGUUUCAGCUAAACAACGUCAGUCUGGCCGACGCAGGUCGCUAUGGACCGGAGCUGAAAACCGACUUCUACCUCAACAGCGUUAACGUUAUACUUACUGUGAAAGAUGCGUCAGCGUGUCAGCAGAAACCACAGGACGGGGACACUGGAGAAAAAACAGACCCUGAAACCUAUUGGAGAAGGGGAUUCGAAGGGGGAUUUGGAGCGGGCUUUGGGGCUUGCCUCGGUUUGGUGAUCAUGGGAGGCUUGGCUGCAGCUAUCUGGCGUUACCGAACAAAGGACGAGAACCAGAGAAACGAGGCGGUCACCAUCAUCCAAGUCAGAGUGGGGAAAGACAAAGCCGUCCCUCCUGGUGGCUCGGCCGUUCUCCCGUGCAACUACUCCGUCCCUUCGGACGAUGUCCAGCCGCUGGUCAGCUGGUGGAAGGACCGGGGGCCUGUACUGACCAGGCGGAUCGUGUACGAAUAUCGGGCGGGACGGUUAAGUAAGGGGUACGGCGGAUGGGCCGGGAGGACAGCGCUGGUGGGACAGGCGUCGCUGGAAAUCCUCAACAUCACUACAGACGACGAGGGGAAAUAUGAGUGUGAAGUUAGAGUGCCUCUGGUAUACGGGGCUGCCAGGGGGUACAUCCUGCUCUCUGUACUAAACGGAGAACAUGGAGAACAGAACCGCGUACCACACAGUCCGUUGGGCCGUACAGCGAUGAUAGUCGUCGGAGUACUGGUGUCCUGUCUCCUGCUGACUGCUGCAUCGUCAGCCAUGGAUGGCGGAUUGAUACGUCUGAAACCGCAGCACAACGUCACGGCGAAAGAGGGGCAAAACGCGAACCUUACCUGGAAGUUCGGCGUUCCCGCCGAAAUCGACGUCACGAACAUGAACGACAUGACGGUGUGGGCAGAGGACAGGACGUCCUACUGUGAGCUCAUGUCGGAAAACGGAAUAUACCGCAAGUUUUGUUACGGAGAUUUCGUCGGAAGGGCCGAAGUGGCGGUGACGUGGUUUCCUAAACGCGAAGACGGCAACAGAACAAGAAAGGGACAGCUGAAGCUUGUUCUGACGAAUGUGACUCGCGAUGACACGGGUUGGUACGAGGGAGAAAUCAAACUUCACGGGCGGGACAUCAGAAAUGGCAAAAUCUUCCUCCAUGUAACAGAGAACUGCCUCGUGCCCUCUACUGGGGUUUCUACUGUAUCCCCAGUGUCCACAGGUUGUCGCUGUGACGGUAUCUCUACAGGCCUCGGAGCUGGUUUCGGUCUUGGCCUUCUGUCAGGAGCUGGUCUGGUCAUUCUAACCACGAAACUGAAGGCGAUGUACAAUGCCUACCAAAACACAACGGGUAUCAGCUAGUGAAAAACGAUAGCAGCAUCAGUUGUUUGCGGUCACCGCUAGCGCUGCUAAACGUACAUUCGUACCGAAACCUCUAUCGAACGAUAUUUUAUCCUUUUUUUUAUUCAGAAAAACAGCUAUUCUAUCGUUGUGCAAGUAUCUAUGUAAGGAGGAUAUAAUUCUUAUGCCAUAAUUCUACUAUACGUAACAAAAUGAUCUUAAGGAAAAAAGAAGAUCAACAUGUGCAAUGUCGAUCAUAAUAACAUGAGAUGAACUGAUGCUACCGUUAAGCCGUCUUUCAUUAGGAAGGGUUUGUAUCGGCCGUUACAAGAUCAUCCGUAUGAAUAAGUUUUUAAGAGGCUUGUACAGGGGUUCUUAAAUAAUUAAUCUUCUGCUAAAACUAAAUUGGUCACUGAUUUUCCUUAAGUAGGUGACAUAGUCACCGUCGAUAUUAAUCCUGUUGUUCGUCCACAUUCUGUAAUG